CGCGCCCUCUGUCCGCGAGCGUCUGGCUAUCCGGGAACGGCGGCGGAAUUCGUUAUCCGGGAUGGCGGGAGGCGGCGGGGGGCCCCCGCGGCGGCCGCUGUGCUUGGCUGAGGUGGAGGCGGGCAGCGAGAACGAGAGGCUGGGGGUGGCCCGGGACAGCAUGCUGCGCAACCCCCUCAUCCUCAAGGCAGAACUGGGAAAGCCCCAGAGAAACUGCUAUACCCUGCCAGGCUUUGAUUUUUCAUAUGGGCUGUACAUCGAAAGGACAGAUGGAGGAGUCCCUGAAGCAAUAGGCCACUGGAACACAAUAAAGCCCAGGACUGGUUUAACUCAGAAUAUGCCCCGAGACUUCAUCACUAUGAACCGCAGUGCUCUGAAGGCUGGUUUUACCACAGCCCGUGAAUUUAACUUGUACUACAAGGCCAAGGACAUACGGUGCAAAGACAAUGAAUACAGUCGCUUCAAGAGAUCUCCUCCCAAAGUACCUGCAGACAUGACUUAUGGCAUCCCAGCACGGCCUUCCACUCCCUUUUUUGAUGUCCUCCAACACAAAUACAAGGAGCUGUGGAUGGAGCAGCAGAGAGCACUGACAGCAGCCCAGCGAGUGGAAAAGAAAAAGAAAGACAAAUUGCGUGAAACUCGUACCACAUUUCUCCGAAAACAGCCAGUACCUGCGAAGGAGGAGUCCUUCUGGCACCUGCCCCACCUGGAGAAGGUUGGGCCUCAUCUCAGUACUUUUCCAGACCAUGAUGCUCGUAAAAAGGCGUUCAGUGCCUCCCAUUGAGAAGUGCCUGCGAGACACAGUCCCCUUCCCUGGGGCAUCCACGUAGCAAACUGAAGCCCAGAGCAGAGCCCUGUGC